CGUGCGCGAGAACCUGGCCAGGCACGUGCGCCAUCGCCACCCCGACGCCGUCCUCUCCAAGGACGACGACCUGCGCCCUUAGGCCCCCGACGCCCUGCGCCGCCGUCGCCGCCGUCCUCGGAGGAGGGCGGCGGCAGCAGCGUGUGCGGCGUGUGCGGCAAGAUGUUCCAGGGCACCAACCAGCGCUUCCUCCUGCGGCGCCACCUGCUGACGCACACGGGCGAGCGGCGCCACGCGUGCCCCUACUGCUCGUACCAGGCCAACCAGGCGGGCAACCUCAACAGGCACAUCCGCAACCUGCACCCGACGCACGCGCACGCCCACGACCUGCAGCAGGCGCCGCGCCAGAUCAUCUCCGUGAUGCAGGCGUCGCCGCGGGGCGCGCACCCGCCCCUGCUCGGCGCCGUGGCGGUCACGUCGCCGCUCUCCGGCGCCUCCAGGCCGCUCCUGACGCUGCCCGUGGCGACUCGGCAGCCCGGCCGGGGCGCCAAGCCUCGCUCGCCGUCCCCGAGCCUCACGCCCUCGAGGUCCUCCUUGGCGGCGCCCCAGCUCCCGCUCCACCGCCCCGCCCUCUUCCUCCAGGCCUCCGUCACGUCGACCGCUGUGUCCAGCAGCUCUGCCAAGGCGGCCGCCCCCAGCACGACGGCCACGGGCGCCCCUGACUGAGCAGCCCACUCGAUGCCAACCUCGGUCGCAGGGCGUCAGCUCCCGAGGCCGCUCCCCCCGACGGGCGUG